AUGGUCUUGCUAAAUUAUGAUGUGUUUCUGUCGGAACUAACUAAGCUUUUUCAAAAUGCAAGGACCUCAGGAUCUGUAACUGUAACAAUGAAACGAUAUGAUGGUCGCACAACGCCAAAUCCUCGUGGUGGUUUAGCUAUUCCAAACCCACAAUACAAAUGCUUAUUAAGGGCCCAAUUUAGGAGUAAAAAAAUAUCAACUGUCAUUGAACAAAAAGACGUAGAAAUGUUUUCAAAUGCUUACUCCAAUCUGCUCAAAACAAGUAUAAAUGGUUUGAAACGAUUAAAGAAACCCAAAAAGAAGGCGAUGGCUACCCAAUAA